AUGAGCGAACCCGAUGAUAAUUAUAUCAUACACAAGGUGUCCCUAAAGCGCACUCGGCAAGCUUGUGGUCCUUGUCGUCGGAAGAAAGCACGAUGUCCAGGAGAGAAACCAACUUGUUCGCUCUGUCACAGACUUGGACAGAGCUGCUCGUAUGAGCCUCAAACGUCCGCCCGGGCGAAGAUCCAGAAGGUCGCCUCAGCUCCGACGCGAGCUCAGUGCCCGGAAUCGCCGAAAGAGGACAACUGCGAGUCCACUCAGACUCAAGCAGAUCCCUCAAGCUCGGGCAGACUUCAGCGAAUUGAAGAACGAUUGGACUGGAUGACGCAAUUGCUGCAGGAUGGCUUACCAAAAUCCAACAUAUCCCGGGAAACAUCCAACGAUGAUCAACCCAGCAAUUCGUAUGAACAUGAGCCUUAUGGUCUUGAAGCAAUCGUUUCGCCAGAAAACAACUUAAUGACCACACAAGAUUUGCCCUCUCCGUUUAUCAAGAAAGAGAUUGACUUAUAUCUCACCUACGUUCAUGAUCAACCAUAUUGUGUAUUCUCGAAAGAAUGGCUUCUGAAGUCUCCAGGCUCAUUACCGCCAGAAAUUGUCCUUCCACUGGUGGCUCUUACAUCUCGCCUUCCUCGGCGCACUUGCGACACCAUAUUUGGAGACCGACCCAGCGCGAAGGGAUUUGCAGAAGAAGCCUGGGAGGUAUUGUCGAACCAAUACCGACAUGGGGUGAUGGGUCUUUCGGUGCUUCAGGGUACCUUCCUGAUGGCCCAGGUGGACUUUUCGGAUGGGAAAGCCCACCGAGGGUAUGCGUCUGUGGCUCUAGGAAUGCGGGCUCUCCAAUCUGCGAGAUUGAACAGGCAUCAUGAUUCCUACCUUUCAAAGGACAACCCCGAGGCAGAAGCUCGAAAGCGCAUCACCUGGGCAUUUUUCAUGCUCGAUCGCACCUACAGCGCUUCUCGGAACUACUCACUGUCCCUUUCAGACAAGCAAUUUACUCUGCCUUUUCCUUUCCCAGAAACAGACCCAUCGCCUACACGUGAUUCACCCCUGAACUACGGGUCCUUGCAUGAUGGACCUGGAAAACAAGGCCAAAAGGUCGACCUUGGUGUCUUGGCGUGUUUGCUCAGGCUAUAUUCUCUAUGGGGCAAAACUACCGAGUGGGUUUUCGAACCAUUUGUCGAAAACACGCUGCCUCCUUGGCAGACCGGAUCCGCCCUUGCGAUCCUCGAGUCCGGGUGGCUGCAGUUUGAAACGCACUUUGCAGAUGCCCAUCGAUACAUAAAUGUUGAUUUCAAACGACGCGCCCGGGAAGAUCCCGAAUCGCGUACAUACCUCUCGAGUUGGGUGUGCGUGCAAUUCCUCUUUCAUACAAUUCAAUGCCUACUGCACCACCCGUUUGUCAUUAUGACCAAGCUUCGAAAUUUCAACGGAAACAUUUCAGCGACAUUUUUACAAAAGUCAUUCGAAACGUCGCUGCUGCACUCCCGAUGGAUUGUCCGUUUCAUCAGAGAGAUGGCUGAGGUGAACUUCGAAGUCUGUGACCCAUUCCUUGGGUAUCUGGCUGCGAUCGCAGCCACAAUUCAGCUCGAGCAUACCGGCAGCAAAAACCCCCAAAUUGCCCAUUUGGUCAAUAAAGAAUUUAGAACUCUGGUCGAGUUCAUCACAGAGCUCUCGAUGCACUGGGAGAACAUGAGCAUAUUGGUAAACAAAGUGAAUGAGCUGGCUGCCCGUCAUCAGAAUUAUGGCUCCCUUUAUUACAACCAAGAAGGGUUUUCUGGGGCAUUGUCUAAAAUGCCAACCCCUUCAAGCAUGCCUAGAAUGUCCCCCGAAGAUGAAACGCUCAUGUGGGAGAUUCUUGACUUUGGUUGCUCAUCUGAAGGCCGCGAACCAGGUAAAUUCGGGGACUUGGCUAUUCCUCACCCGGACACAAUAGGAGAUCAAACAGGAACAAGCAACGAUAUGUCUACCGUAGCGCCAGGGGCACUUGGGCCGUCUGGAAAAGCCGGCGAAGGGCAGUCAACGAAUCAUAGUGUCCGUACUCAUGGGUCUCCGACCUUUGACGCGAUGUCUGAUUCCAUCGGCCCAGGUCCCUUCCCUGCGUGGCCAUUCAAUACUCGAAAUGGCGACGUGACCGGUCCAACCAUACCGGACAUUCCAGACUGGAUGAUACUGGGAGAUUAUAUGGCCGAGCAUCUGUGA